GGGGGAUAUAUAGUCCAAUACGGUGGCCAAAAGUCCCCACUACUCUGUUCGCCGUCGUCGUCGGUUAAAUUUCCAGGCCCUCAAUUCCUGCCGUAAAUCUGUUUCCGACUCUCUCUCUCUCUUAUGGAAGCUGAAGAGGGGCCCAGCGCCACCGAAUCCGCCGUAGCCACCGGCAUAGAAUCCGCCGUCGUCACCGUGGCCGCCACCGCGUCUCCUCCCAACGACUCGGAACCCGAUCAAUCGGCGGUCACCGGCGGCGGUCUCUCCGAUGAUCUCAAACUAAAGCAGAUAGAUGUGGUUGCGAGCAAGAAGAGACCCCGAAAGGAGUCCAUGGCUGCUCAGACGGCCAGUAAGAAACCUCGGAAGAGGGCUAAGUGCACAGCUUCUCAGACUGCUGAGCCUGUUGAUCGGCACAUUGCUUCGAGGAGGAGCAGUUGCGGAACUCAGGCCAAAAAUGAGGAGGUCACACUAGUGACAAUAUCUUCAAUUGGUAAUGGUUGGACACAAUCUGAAGAUGUAGUGCCAAUAACAAAAGAAAGCAAAAGGAGGAAGAAUGGGCCUGGGAAACGAGGGCCAUCCACAGGCUCUAAAGCGGAGCAAAUUAGGAAAAGAACAGGGAAUAAGAUUGCUGUCAAUCUUGAUCCUGAGCAUGGAAGGCCGACUGACAAAGGCGUCUCAAGCCUUUUGUCUAAUGAGUGUGGGAAGAUUGUCAGGGAGAAGUGCCCAAUGGUGCAUGAGACGUGGACCAAGAUUUCUAGGGACGUGAAACAUAACCUCAGAAAGGAAGUUGAAGUGAACUUUGACGUUGAUGUACAGCGCCCAUCAAUUAUACAUUACCUGAAUAAGCUUAUGGGUAAGGUGUAUAGGGAGUUUAAGUGUGAGUUGCACAAGCACUACAAAAAGAUGAGGUCCCUUGAAGAGGCACUCGAUAAACCCCCCAAGGCAAUGAUAGCUAGAAAUGAUCCAGCUCAGUGGAAGUGUUUGUGUAAACAUUUCUCAGAAGAAAAGUUUAAGAAGAAAAGCGAAACCAAUGCGAAAAAUCGAGCUGGAAAGGAGUAUGAGCACUGUGGAGGUUCUCGUCCUCAUGGUCUAUAUUUUCAGGAUAAAGUUCAGGAGGGUUCGAAGUUUCCAGCAAUCGAGACCUUCAGAGUGACUCAUCUCAAAAAGGGGAGUAACGAAUGGAUCAGUAAUAAGGCGCAAGAACAAUACGAUAAGAUGAUUCUGAAAGAGGAGGCCUAUCUGAAAGAGUUGGCAGAGAAGCAUCCGGGUAUUACAAUCAAAGAGUUGCCCAUAUCUCCUGAGGUUGGGAUUGAGAUUUUAAAGGAGGUACUCGGUGUGAAGCCAAAACAGCCAGUUCGUGGAUUGGGAACCUUUUGGGUAAAUGAGACUUCAACCUCCAGCAUUAUAGAGGAACUGGAGGAAGUAUAUGCUGAACUUGAGAGGGAGAGGGCAAUUCGGGCUAAAAUUCAAGGAAUGUUGAAUAAUGCCUAUGAACGACUUCGUCAGCUUGAUCCUAAUUUUGAAGUGCCAGAGCUUCACCUGGUUGAUCCUAAUAUUGAAGCCCCCGAGCUUGACCUGAAUGGUGAUGAGGAGCAUCAAACUCAUUAAUGUUUCUCCCCGUCAUUUCAUAUGCUUGCAUAUUGUGUAGCAUUGUUAACAGUUAAUCUGCUAUAAUGCUAUAUGACUAAGUGAUCACUUCUAAUUAAGGCUAGGAAUUUGAGCCUCCAUUCUUGCUGUUUCAUUGUGUCCAUAAUAGUCGACGAAUAUAAAAGCACAGACAUGGUUCACAUACAUAGGCACCUCCUAUAAUAUAGAAAAGCAACCAAGUGUACGACUUUUGCCAUCCAUAAAAUAAAAUGAAUCGACUCAAUUUCGCAAACAAA